AUGCCUUUUUCGCAGCGCGAACGCAUGGGUAUUUACAGUGUAAAGAUACACUAUUUGUCUGAAGCCAUGGCCUCCGUCGCUUUCAACAUGUCCGCUCGCGCCGCCGUCGGUGGUGCGCAGCUGAAGCUCUCCGCGCAGCGCAAGCGUGUCGCUCGCGCUCCCCUCCGCGUGGACGCGCUCGCCGCGCAGGUGUCCAAGGUUAGCUUCGACGGCGCCUCCGCGGGCACCGCCACGCUCGACGUCAAGGUGGCCAAGCCCGACGUCGCCAAGGGCCUCGUGCACAAGUACGUCGUCAUGGUGCGCCAGAACGCGCGCAGGGGUACCGCGUCCACGCUCACCAAGAGCGAGGUUCGCGGCGGUGGCCGCAAGCCCUUCAAGCAGAAGGGCACCGGCAACGCGCGCGCGGGCUCCAGCCGCACCCCACUCAAGCCCGGCGGCGGCGUCGUCUUCGGCCCCAAGCCGAAGGAUUGGUCCAUCAAGAUGAACAAGAAGGAGAGGCGACUGGCGAUGGCCACCGCCAUCCAGUCCGCGGCUGCCGCGUCCUCCAUGAUCGUCGUUGACUCCCUCGCGGGUGCCGCGCCGAAGACCAAGGCGAUGGCGACCGCGCUCAAGUCCUGGGGCGUCGCGGAGGGCGAGAAGGCGUACAUCAUCACCAAGGAUGCGCCCGAGGGCGUCACCCUCUCCACCAGGAACAUGGCGCGCGUCGUUCAGACCGACAUCAAGCACCUCAACGUGUACGAUGUCCUCAACGCCGACAAGGUCGUGGUCGAGGAGAGCGCGCUCCAGUACAUCAACGACUUCUACGGCGAGUCGGGGGCGGCCUGGGCUUGAUUCGCCGGGCCGAGCGGCGGGUGUAGAGUUGGGAAUGGAGAAGAAGAAGAGUCUUCUUGGCGAAGGUCUCACGUCGGUCGCGGCGGUUGAGAGCGCGCGUUCGUCGGGCGGGGUUGACGCCGAGACGCGGUUUCGCGUCUCGGAGGAAGGGCCCGACGGACCCUAUUAUUUGGUCUUUAGCAGAUUGUAAAAAGCAGAGAGCAUUGACG